CCACGACCACCCCCGCUCCGAGCAGACGGCCCCAGGACCCCCACCUCCGAGCAAACAGCCCCGGGACCACCGCCGCCCCGCAGCAGACACACCUGGGACCCUGCCUCCCGCCUCUGACCAAACAGCCCUGGCCUCCCACUGUGAUAUUCCAACCCCCCCCCCCACCAGUGACACUAUGCAACACCAGAGUGGUUGCCGAGGCAUCUGGCUCCUGCCCCUGUCCCUGUUCCUGUCUAGCCUCGGGGUCGCCAGAACCGGGCGCUCCCUUCUCAGCUGUCCUGCAGCCUGCCUCUGUGCCAGCAACAUCCUCAGCUGCACCAAACGAGGGUUGGCGAAUGUUCCACAGUCUCUACCCCGCUACACGGCACAACUGGAUCUUAGCCACAACAACUUGACCCACCUUCGGGCACAAUGGACCUCCAUCCGCCUGACCCAUCUUCACUCCUUGUUCCUCAGCCAUAACUACUUACACUUCAUCUCCACGGAGGCGUUCUCCCCAGUGCCCAAGCUGCGCUACCUGGACCUCUCCUCCAAUCAUUUGCGGACACUGGAUGAGUUCCUGUUCAGUGAACUUCAGGAGCUGGAGGUAUUGUUAUUGUACAACAACCGAAUUAUGGAGGUGGACAGAAGCGCCUUUGAUGAUAUGGUCCACCUACAGAAACUCUACCUGAGCCAGAACCAGAUUGCUCGAUUUCCUGUAGAACUGGUCAAGGAUAGAUCCAAGCUGCCCCAACUGACCCUCCUGGAUCUGUCUUCUAAUAAACUAAAGCUGUUACCCACAUCUGAUCUGCAAGACCUGCCAGCCUGGAUGAAAAAUGGACUGUAUCUGCAUAACAACUCCCUCACCUGUGACUGUGAGAUAUAUAAGCUCUUCACACACUGGCAAUAUCGUCAGCUGAGCUCAGUGAUGGACUUUCAGGAGGAUUUGUACUGUAUACAUUCCAAGAAGACACUCAGUAUCUUCAACAUGAGCAGCACCCUGAACUGCAGUGAGUUCAAGGAGUGUGCAUUUGAAGCCUACCUGGGUGAAACCUUGAUCAUUAGCUGUGACACCAAGCAGCAGGGGAUGACGAAGGAAUGGGUAACACCAAACAAUGAAAGAGUACUGAAUGAGGUGGGCAAUGGCACAAUAAUGAUGUUGGGAGAUGGUAGUCUUCAGUUACGGCAAAUUCGGGUUGAGGACCAGGGCUUGUACACCUGUUAUGCGGUAGGGGAGGUGUUCAAUGAAACAUUGUCUGUGGAGGUGAAGGUCCACAACUUCACCCAGCAUGGACCUCAUGACACUCUCAAUACAGCCUAUACCACGCUGGUGGGCUGUAUCCUCAGCGUGGUUCUGGUCCUGAUCUAUCUGUACCUCACCCCAUGCCGCUGCUGGUGCCGUGCUGGGGAGAGACCCGCAAGCCAUCAGGGAGAUAGCCUCAGCUCUUCCAUGCUGAGCACUACCCCAAACCAUGAUCCAAUGGCUGGUAGUGGUGGCAAGGACAGUGGCUUUGACCGUCGAGUGGCCUUCCUGGAACCUACAGGCCCUGGGCAGGGCCAAAAUGGCAAACUAAAGCCUGGCAACACCCUCCCUGUACCUGAGGGGGCCAAGGGCCAGAGGAAAAUGUCUGAUCCAGAAUCAGUCAGCUCAGUCUUCUCUGAUACACCCAUUGUGGUGUGACUAGGGUGGGGUUGACGGGAAGAUCCCUGGGAAAAAGGUAAUGGUAACUUCCAAAGGAUGUAAGGGGAAAGAGGGCUGCCUGAGGGUGUUGGUUUCCCCUGUCCUCAUGGGAAUUGUGCACAGAUGCAACAGCAGGCAAGAAGCCCCACCUCCAUCCCUGGGUGUAGAAGAUUUUCAUAUAUGGAUCUGUAACUCUCAGGCAAAUGCUGCACCCCUAUCCAAAGCUCUAGCAAGUUCAGCUGAUGAUGAGGGAACUUGUCUAAGACAGGUGGGUCUAGUGGGAAAUAGAUUCUGUAAGCUUUUACUAUGUCAUCUAUGGCCCCAUAAGAGAGUGGUCAUUAUCCAAGCAUUUGAAAGAAAAAUGGGAUUUUCUUUAUGUCUCCUUCCACCCUCUACCCAGGGAUUUGGGGUGGGACUUGAAUGGGCACAGACUUGGGCAGUUAGCCUAAUUCUAGUAGUUUCAGCUGCAGGUAUAUCAUCUUUGGUUGACAUAGACAGGGGAAUUGAAAACCUUAAGGAACAGGGUAGGAACCAGAAAAAGACCCCUGAAUCAAGAAUGACCCCCAAAGCUGUUCUCAAACUUGUCCACCUUCCUCUUUCCCAAGAAGAAUUAAGUAAUUGACUGAAUCACAGAAGCAAAUAACUAGCAUGGUCCUGUGGCAAACUAGGGACCCCUUGUAACCAAUAUAAGCUUAUAGAGGGUAGCAAUAUAAUGAGUGUGACAUUGGGGGAUUAUCCAUUGGUGCAAAGUGCUGGCUAGUAUCAACUAGGCUAUUUGGGUCACACAGCUUAAGAGAACACCUCAAAAACCUACUCCAGGUGUGAACAAUAGGGAUUCUGACUCCCUGGUCUCUUCUCUGCUGUGCAUUUGUACUCCAGAGUCUACUGAUUUCACCACCUCAGGCAGGGCCUUUCCAGGUGCCUACCACAGGCAUGGUGUAUAAGAUGAUUGGGGUGGGUGGUGGAGGUUGGGAGUGGGAGGAUGUGAAGGAAACUGCCUAUUAUAAAGAUGAGGCUAAAUUAGCCUCCAUUUUGUAAAACCUUGUUUGGCUUAUCUAGUUUUCUUCCCUUGCUAUCCCUUCAGCAGCCUUUCCAACAAGCUUGGGUGAGAGAUGAGCUUUCUGUUUGUACAGUGCAGUGGGGGAAAGAAGCCAAGAGGGCCUAAGAUCCUCAUGAGUAGAUGGGUGUUUGGGUGAAGGGAGAGGUAAUCACUGUGAAGCAUCCUCGAAUUGCAAGGUUUCCUUCUCAGGUCUCAGUUAACUGGCUCUAAAUAUUGGGGGCAGUGAUCUUCACUCAUAGUUGUCACUGCUGCAAGGCUAGAGUAAGGAAUUUAACUGUGCGCAAGGCUUGAGAGGAAUUGCCUGUCCCAGAAUGGACGGUCUGGGGUAUGUAUGUGCUUAAAGCCCUAUACUUGCCUCAAUUUGCAAGCAAUCCUACCGUAGGUCUGAUAAGUUGAAUAAAACCUAAAUGGGAAGCUCAUGCUGCCACCUUUGCCCUUAGCACGUAAGCCUCCCCACACCUGAAGUCUGAACAAUGGUUGAACUUCCUGACCGGCCAUGGAUCUGAGGGUGUAUGAUUGGAGACUAGCUUGGGAAUAGAGAAGAUGGCUGUCCACUCCAGCUCCUCCCUCAGACUCUACAUAUACUAGUCUUUUCAGCAGCAUUUAAGUGGACCACAGUCCAGCAAGGUUAUUCUGAGCAUCUGAGGUAGAGCUACAUGAAGGUUGGAGACGAGGAAGAAUAGACGUAUUUUCCUCUACAUUUUUCAGUCUGCUUCUUCCCCUACCAGUGCAGGCCCUGUUUUCUCCCCAGUUGGUUCUCAGACUAGGGAAGCUCUCUCUGCAUUUGAACUGCUUUCUGGGCCCCAGUAGGAGGCAUUCCUAACUUGGCAUCUCCUGGGGGAAUCAUAGGAUCAGAGAUUCAGAUCUGAAAGGAACCUUAGAGGUCGUCUAGUACAACCUCCCUCAUUUUACAGUUGGAAGCAAGCCUCAGGAGGUUCAGUGACUUGUACAGGGUCACUCAUAGAAGGUGAAAGUUGACUAUUACUUGCACAAGGGUCUACUUCCCUCUGCGUAAUAAGAUUAGGGUAGGGGACUAGUACUUGAGAUGCUGCCCCCAUCCAUCCUUGGGCUCUUCUGACUGCUUUCCACCUCUUAGCAGUUUAUACAGUAGAGAGAUGCAGCAUUUCCCUCAGUUACUUACAACUUAUAGGUACGCAUGCACACCAGCAUUUUGGCAUUGACCUAGACAGUGUCUCCUUUGAUUUCCAGUACCCACAGAGUUAUCCCCACAUUCACACAGCUUUAAAAAUAUAAUGUAUUCUAGCAGAGGCAUCUGCAAUAUCCCUUCAGUAUAAAACCACUUGGACUUUCCCCUCCCUGAAGUUUCUGGAGUUUCUCCCCUUUUCUGAGAGGCAUUGAAGCACAGUGGGUAGAGACCUGAACUUGGAAUUUGAAUCAGACACUAACUGUACAAUCUUGGGGUUUACUCAACUUUUCUGUCUUUCCUCAUCUGUAAAUUGGGGAUAACACCUACCUCACAGGGUUGUUGUGAGGAUCAAAUGAGAUAAUAUAUGUGUAAAGUGCUUUGCAAACCUUAAAGCACUAUAUAAGUGUGAGCUAGUAGUAUUAUUCUAUGAUCACUGCACCCCUGUGACUUUCCUACACUUGCUGGUGUUUUGAGAAUGCUUUUGAGAGAAGGGAGAGUUAGAAGCUGUAGCUGAGCCCUCAGGUCCUUGGAAAUUUCACUUUGAUCUAAGGUAUCUUUAGGCAGUAGCCAUGAGAUUCCAAAAUGGUAUUUCUCUUGGAAGUUUGUUGGCCAAGGCUCAGAGCAUGAGGGAGAGACAGAGAUGGAUGGAGGACAGGAGAGCAGGCCCCUACUAUACUGCCUCUUCUUAGCCAAAUGCCAUGUAAGACUGAGGAUCCUUAUCAUAAGCUAAGGAUAGGAGGAAAGAGUGUAAAAAUAGAAUUUCUUGUAAAUGGUUGUCUUCCCAAGGCCUUAAGGGACGUUUCUUUCCUAGAGAUAAGAACUUGGAAUCCAUUCUCAGAUUUAUCAGGGAACCUGGGCAAGUCUAACUUUUUGAGGCUGAACUCUGAGGUUCUGAGAACCUCAGAAAGAUAGUGAAAUGAAAUGGUUUAUGGGAGCGGAGCGUUCCCAGUGACUUGGGCCUCUGGCCCCUAUUUGUUUCUCCAAGACUUGCUAACGAAUAGAUGUACUUCGGAUUAGCAGGCCCUACCCUGAUUCCUGCUGAUAGACCCCCAAAUGGCUUCUUGCCUAGGGAACUGAGUACUUACCAUUAUGGGGUUUGUUCACUGGUGCCCUAUGAAGAAAAGCAUCAGGGCAUUGGUAGAAAGAGGGCUGAAGGGACUGCCUACAAGACGAAAAAAUCUUGGAAGCAGGUGUCCUUGUGGACUGAUUAUGACACGGCUGCACAAUCUGUGUUUAUGUGUAAUCUUUUUUUUCUUUACUUGUAUUUGUGGGGUUCUCAGAAAGGAACUGAGAAAGAAGAGCUAUCCCCACCCUGCCCAGGCAGGUAGCUGAAAGCAUAUUGAAUCUGACUUUGUGUGUGUUCCUGUCCCUCCCCUCCCCCACCAGCCCUUGUUCCCUUGCUGGCAAAGCAAAUGGGGCCCUUUGUGUCCAGGUUCCCUCUCCUCCCACUUGUGUACAUCCAGGCUGGCAGACCCCGAAGCCUCCUGACUCCACCAUCUGUCUGAGCCUCUGCUCUGAAGAAUAGACAGUGAUCAUUAAACCAGGCAUGAGUCUGUUC